AUCCGACGUUGGCAGCCGAAACUGAUAUCUAUACUGAGAUGGCAAAAGAAGCACAACCUACUCGUAGUAACAAGGAUGAAACGGAAAUCAAUCGCCUGUUCGGCACUCAACAAAAGACCACCCAACGUUGCCAACGAACUCCACACCUCGGAAAAGCGUGGCGAUGUCCGGUGAUGGAACAGCGGAAAAACCCUUCAAAACAAUCCUGCAAGCCACGAAGCACGCCGGUAAGGAACCUUUCUCAGCAAUUUACGUGGACGCCAAGAAUGCAAAAUCGGAAUCACUCUACCAACUGGCAGCCAAAUCUCAGCUCAAGAAAAUUAAGAAGCUCUGGGUUCGCGAUGGUUUUAAAAACGUCGGUAACGAGUGUAUUGCUCACAACCGCACGGGGGAUACGGGUUGGGAUUGGAACGAUUCAUGUGCUGGCUGCUCAACAGGUACCACAUUCGUGA